CAUAAACCCCAUAUUUAUCUGUCUUUUGUCUUUAUCAGAGAAUUAAAAAAAGGAAUAAAGCUAAACAAAAAAUAGAUUAUUCUAUAUUUCUAUUCUUCUUCACCCCAAAUUCAUCGACCUAAAAAAUCUUCGUAGCUUGCGAUAUAAUUAAAGAGUAAGAAAGAACUUAAAACAUUUUACUUUUUCUGAUUUAAUUCUCAGCCUUCGCCGCCGUGAUCGGCGGUGCAAAAUAUGAAGAACCGUAGGAAACGCGGAGGUUUAAACGGUGGGGACGUCGUCCUUGUUACGUGGAGAAGAUUUUUUCGUUUCGUUGCUUUGUUCGUCUUCUCCUUUGUUCUCUUCUCUGCUUUGUUCAUCUUCUUAGGUAAUAAAACAAUUAAUCACAAGGCAGUUCUCGGUGGUUCUGUACCGGCGGUUAAGGUGGUAACAAUCCAUGAAGCGGUUGAGUUUCCCGACCAAACAUUAAUCUUCCUAAACUACCCUCCAGCUUCACGUUUAUUAACUAAAGAGGACCUCUUUUGCGUUUUCUCCGACGUAAACGAUUCAUCUAAGCUGUUUAAAGAGCUUCCCUUCGCCGUGGAAACCGAUGACAGUGGUCGUCAGAUCGUACGGUGUUCAGCCAUGCCACGUGGGAAUACCGUAUCCCUCGCUGUCUCGAGAUGGACGGUUGGUAAUAAUAAGGACCUCCUGGUAGGAACCACACACCGGUGGGAUUGGCUAGUCUACGACGCUGUUAUAGACGACGACAAUUCCACGGUGGUCUUUGUCAAGGGAUUAAAUCUACGGCCAGGAAAGGUUGCUGACGUGUCGAGGUAUGAGUGCGUCUACGGUUGGGAUUUCACGAAGCCUAAACUUUUACUUAGAGCACAAGUUAUCUCUGCGGCCCAAGAGAUCGUGAGAUGUAAAACUCCACUAACAGUUUUAGAAGGUCCAAGAACGGCCCAAUCACAACCGGUAAGAGUAUCCGUGAGAAUCAAAGGGAGUGAGAUGCUUCCUUCUGUUGCCCAACCAAUCAAACGUCCUGGACGGGUCAAAGACUCGAAACCGUUUGAGACGUGCGUUUGCACCAUGACGCGAAACGCAGCAAACGUUUUGAGAGAAUGGGUGAUGUACCACGGCAAAAUCGGCGUUCAACGGUGGUUCAUCUACGACAACAACAGCGACGACGACAUCGUGUCAGAGAUCAAGAAUUUAGAAAAUCGCGGUUACAACGUCUCGAGACAUUUUUGGCCGUGGAUCAAAACUCAAGAAGCCGGAUUCGCCAAUUGCGCGAUUCGAGCAAAAAGGGAUUGCGAUUGGGUCGCGUUUAUCGACGUCGACGAGUUCUUCUACAUCCCAUCCGGUCAAACCUUAACCGACGUAAUCAGAAACCACACCAUAGCACCAUCGUCAUCGACUGGCGACGAGAUCGGUGAAAUUCGAACGCCGUGUCAUAGUUUCGGACCGUCGGGACUUAGAGAUAGACCUCGAGAAGGAGUCACGGCGGCGUACACAUGUCGUAUGGUGUUACCGGAGAGGCACAAGAGCAUAAUUAGACCGGAAUCACUAAACGCGACGCUGAUAAACGUCGUGCAUCAUUUUCACUUGAGAGAUGGAUUCACGUUUGCCGACGUUGACAAGGGUACGAUGGUCAUUAACCAUUAUAAGUAUCAGGUUUGGGAUGUGUUUAAGGAGAAGUUUAAAAGGAGAGUGGCUACUUACGUGGCGGAUUGGCAAAACGAAGAGAACGUCGGGUCGAAAGAUCGGGCACCCGGUUUAGGGACCCGACCCGUAGAACCGUCUGAUUGGGCUGAGAGGUUUUGUGAGGUGAGAGAUACUGGACUUCAGGGUUGGGUGUUGGAGAAUUUCAGGGACCGUAAAACGCAGCGGUUAGUAUGGGAGAGAGAAGGGAGGAGAGUGGAGGAUGAUGUUAUAGUUCAAAUGGGAUCGUGGGCUGAUAAAAGGGUUGGUCGGAAGAGGAAAAAACAAUUGAAGGCCCAAUAGCUUUUUUUUCUGUUUUUGAAUUUUCCAUGGUGAAAAACUGAAAAUAAUGUAGAGAUAGUCCGAUUUGUAAAUACUGAUUGCUUCCCGUGGAAAAAAAAAGAAAAAGAAACAAAUGUUAUACUUUU